UGGGCCCGCCGGUGGGCGUCUAGCCCGCUCCCCCGAACCCGGGCCACCAUGGUCAUCCGCGUCUACAUCGCCUCCUCCUCCGGCUCCACCGCGAUCAAGAAGAAACAGCAGGAUGUCCUGGGCUUCCUGGAAGCCAACAAGAUCGGCUUCGAGGAGAAGGACAUCGCGGCCAACGAGGAGAACCGCAAAUGGAUGAGGGACAACGUCCCCGAGAACAGUCGGCCCGCCAAGGGGAACCCUCUGCCCCCCCAGAUCUUCAACGGGUGCCAGUACCGUGGGGACUACGAAGCCUUCUUUGAAGCCAGGGAAAACAACGCCGUAUACGCCUUCCUGGGACUGACCGCACCGCCGGGUUCAAAGGAAGCCAAAGCCAUGGCCCAGCAGCAAGACUGAAGCAACUCGCGCCAUUCUGCCUUAAACCUUCUGGAAGAGGAAUUUCCACGGCUUUUUCGUAUUUACAGCAGCAGCAGCAGCAAAACCAAAAGCAGCACGACCUCGGCUUCAAGAAAAAUGGGUUGGCCAUCCCAAAUCCUGACCAAUUCAUCGCCUCUGUAGCCAAACAUCCCGACGACAGACGGGCAUUUCCCGCGACCAGGGCGCUGGGAUGCGGAGGGGGCCGGGCGGGGGUCGCCCGGGUUUGCCACCUCAACCGCAAAAAGGCAACUCGGUUUAUUAUUACGGUUUUGUAUUAUGGUUUGAGUCCCACCCGCCUACAGCCAUUCAGAGAGGGGAGAGAAAGGCGAGGAAUCGCCCCCCCCCCCACACAAAUUGUACCUCUUUGAUGUGUUUCGAUUGUGAUUAAAAAAAGAAAAAACCUGCUGGAA